AUGAAGAACAUCAGCAACUUCCCCACAUCCACCGCACCAUCGACUGUCGACAUCUACAACCACAGCACCAGCUACGACUACAGCACCAGCUACGACUACAGCACCAGCAACAACCACAGCACCAGCUACAACCACAGCACCAGCAACAACCACAGCACCAGCUACGACGGACUCAUCAUCGAGAAAAUCUGGUUCAGCUUUGACAUCUUCAUCCUGAUCACUGCUCUCCCGGCCAACAGCGCCCUCCUGUGGCUGAUGCUCAAAUCCAGACACAACCUCUCCCCGUCUCAGCUCUUGGCCCUGAACAUCUCCAUCGUGGGCAGCGCAUACUGUCUGCUUCUACCUUUUGAAUUGUAUGCCGUUCUGAGCGGGAAUGACAAAGCUCUUGAGAACAUCUGGAGCUGGAUGGACAUUUUAAACGUGUUUGGAUGUCCUUUGUUCUUGACGCUGAUGUGCUUGGAGCGUUUCGUAGCUGUUGCGUUCCCGAUGACCUCAGCCACCAUCGCUGGACACGGGACCCGCGGCCUCCGGAGGACAAGAGACAGAGAGAACGGUUCCACGCCACCGCUUCGGCUCAGUCAGUAG